AUGUUUGCCAGCAUCGAAGGUUUUCAAGCCACCCGAAUUUACUGCCCGAACGACCUGAUCGGCAAAGCGUUAUCGUCCGGUCGAAUGGUGGAAAAAAUAUACGCCUUUGAGGUAGAAGCGAUGCCAGAGACCGAGCUGUGCAUCACCCUCUGCGUUUAUCAAAGACGUCCAAAAUCUUCUUCCGGGUUUUCUUCGGUUUACGACUGGGCUGCUUUUGGCUUCCCUCAGAUCAUUCGGAUACGAAAGUCUUACUUGAGCACAUCGCAGUGGAAAGCGUGUGUGAUCCGGUCUUUAACAAGAUUCGUCGAUAGAAGUCUGUUAGAGAAGCUUCUAGAAUCUGUUCAACCGAAACCAGAAAACUGUGCGAAUUCUGAGCACCUCUCUGAUUCGUCAGACAACAGCGAAGGUAGCAAUGUUAACGGCGACGACGACUUGUUCACGCUGGUCAUUACGAACCCCAUUGGAACCGCUGAACUUUCGUCGCCGUUCCGUCUGAGUGAAGAAUUGCCCGACUACGGAGGUGAUCCUUUGUAUCUGGCGGUCACAUGGAGUCAGGCAGCGGAGCGGAAGCUUAAAGACAACGUCUACAGAAGCUUAAACUGUGCUGACUACAGCAAACGGGUCAAACAUUACCGUAAUUUGGACUUAUCGGAGUGCCUGGACCUGUUCACAACGACAGAAAAGCUUGGCGAGUACGACGCCUGGUACUGUCCGCGCUGCAAGAAGCAUCAGCAGGCUACGAAAAAGUUCGACCUUUGGAAUCUGCCGAAGAUUUUGGUGGUUCAUCUGAAACGUUUCUCCUGCUCGCGCUAUUUCCACAAUAAAAUCGACGUUCUUGUCAGUUUCCCCAUCAGGUGGCUGAUAAACAAAAAGGAAGACCAUGUAUUAUACGAUCUGAUCGGUGUUUCAAAUCAUUACGGCGGACUGGGCAGCGGUCACUACACGGCUUGCGCCCGAAACUGCCAGACUAACAAAUGGUAUAGUUUUGAUGAUGCUUGCGUUUCACCCAUCGGAGAUUCGUCCAAAAUUGUAUCGAAGGCUGCGUACAUCCUUAUUUAUAUGCGACAGGAUCUUCCUUGUGUGUCCGGUGAUCCAAACGUUGAAAUGGAGACAGAUUGA